GACUGGGAAUUGAAAUUUAAAGCGAUAUUUGAUUACAUGGAUGGAAUCAAAGAAAAUGAUGUACAUGGAUUGGAUCAUAAUCCGAGUUGCACACAACCUGCUCGAGAAAAGGUUUAUCACAAGGGGACGCAUAAUCUCAUUCACAACAAUAAUGAUGGCUCUUUACGAGAAGAAGAAUUAUACAAUGAUGGAGAAGGUUCCCAUUUGGUCAAUCGAAAGGUUGAAGGCGUUGGGGUUGUAGCGGAUGGUUUAGAUGAUAAUCAUCAUCAUCAUCAAUCGCCUUUGGCGGAGUUUGAAGGAACUGGUGGUGGAGUAGGAAGCUUUAAAGUACCAGCUCGUGCGCCUCUGCAUCCUGCCCGUCCAACUUACCUUGAGAUCAGGCCACAUCCCCUCAAAGAAACACAGGUUGGGAAAUUUUUGAGGACCAUCGUUUGUUCCGAGACACAAUUAUGGGCAGGACAAGAAUCUGGUGUAAGAGUGUGGAAUUUUUCAGAUCAAUAUGAGUGUGGGAUAGGAAUUGGUGGACGGGCAAGGAGAGGGGACGAGGACGCAGCACCAUUUUACGAGUCAGCUGAUAUAUCACCUGCAUUAUGCUUGAUGUUUGAUUCUGGGAAUAAAUUAAUCUGGAGUGGACAUAAGGAUGGCAAGAUUAGGUCUUGGAGAACAGACCAGGCUAAUUCUGAUGACUCCCCUUUCAAGGAAGGCCUCUCCUGGAAUGCUCAUCGUGGUCCCGUUCUUUCAUUGAUGCUAUCUUCUUAUGGUGAUAUAUGGUCUGGAUUUGAAGGCGGUAUCAUAAAGGUUUGGCCAUGGGAAGCAGUACAGAAGUCUCUCUCUCUAUCAUCAGAUGAAACACAUAUUGCUUCUUUACUUGUGGAAAGGUCACUUGUUAACCUUAGAAGCCAAGUUACAGUUAAUGGUGUAUGUAGCAUCUCAUCUUCUGAUGUGAAGUGUUUGCUCUCUGAUCAUGUAAGAGCAAAAGUGUGGGCAUCAGGAUCUUUAUCCUUCUCAUUAUGGGAUGCACGAACCAGGGAACUCCUGAAAGUGUAUAAUGUAGAUGGUCAGAUUGAAAAUGGGGUUGAUAUGUCAUCUGUGCCAGACCAAGCUGUGGAAGAUGAGAGUAAUGUCAAGUCUGUCUCCAAAUCUAAAAAAGAAAAGUCACAAGGAGGUAACUUUUUCCAGCGUUCACGCAAUGCUAUAAUGGGAGCUGCCGGUGCUGUACGUCGAGUUGCAACAAAGGGGUCAGGAGCAUCUUCAGAAGAUAGUAGGAAAACAGAAGCCCUUGUGCUUUCAUCUGAUGGAAUGAUUUGGAGUGGAUGUUCAAAUGGCUUACUUGUGCAGUGGGAUGGGAAUGGAAACCGUUUGCAAGAUUUCCAUCAUCAUCCUUGUGCUGUUCUAUGCUUAUGUGCUCAUGGUUCUCGAAUAUGGGUUGGCUAUAUAAGUGGUAUGGUACAGGUCCUGGACCUUGAAGGGAACUUGGUAGCUAAUUGGGUUGCUCAUACCGAUCCUGUAAUAAAAAUGGCAAUUGGGGGUGAUUAUGUUUUUAGCUUGGCUAAUCACGGAGGUAUACGUGGAUGGACCCUCGCCACUCCAGGACCUAUUGAUCACAUAUUGCAAUCAGAAAGAGCACAGAAAAGACAUUUAUACACCAGACAAGAAAAUUUUAAGAUUCUGGUUGGCACGUGGAAUGUUGCUGAAGGAAAAACCUCACAGGAAGCACUGGCAACUUGGCUGAAUUCUGCCAUUUUGGAUGUUGAAAUUGUAGUAAUUGGGUUGCAAGAAGUAGAAAUGGGAGCAGGUUUUCUUGCAAUGUCUGCAGCAAAAGAAACUGUAGGACUAGAAGGAACAUCCAGUGGACAAUGGUGGCUGGAUGCAAUAGGGAAGACUUUGGAUGAAGGAUCAAGUUUUGAAAGGGUAGGAUCAAGGCAACUAGCUGGCUUGCUUAUUGCUAUCUGGGUGAGAAAAACCCUUCGAGUACAUGUGGGGGACCUUGACGUUGCAGCAGUUGCAUGUGGUUUAGGACGUGCCAUUGGUAAUAAGGGUGGAGUCGGUUUGAGGUUAAGAGUAUUUGAUCGGAUUAUGUGCUUCGUGAACUGUCACUUUGCAGCACAUUUAGAAGCAGUCAAUCGCCGCAAUGCUGAUUUUGACCAUAUAUAUAGAACAAUGGCUUUCACUCGGUCUUCUAACCUUCUUGACAAUGUUACUGGUAUGCUGCGAUACCUGUUUUUGACUUGCUCUCUUGUCUUCUCCACAUAUUUACUGUGGCUGCUUUACUCUUCUGGCCUGCCAUGGAUCCUCUCUCUUGCAGCUGGUGUGUCAUCUGCUGCUCAAAUGCUUCGUGGUACAGAUGCUGCAGCAAUUAGUCCCGGGAAGGGAAAGCCUGACCUUGCUGAAGCUGAUAUGAUGAUUUUCUGUGGGGAUCUUAAUUAUCGUCUUUUUGGAAUAUCUUAUGAUGAAGCAAGGGACUUCGUCUCACAAAGAUGCUUUGACUGGCUUAGAGAGAAAGAUCAACUAAGAGCAGAAAUGAAAGCUGGUAAAGUUUUCCAAGGGAUGCGUGAAGCAAUCAUCAAAUUUCCUCCAACUUACAAGUUUGACAAGGGGAAACCAGGAUUAGGAGGAUAUGAUUCUGGGGAGAAGAAACGAAUUCCAGCCUGGUGUGACAGAGUGCUAUAUCGAGAUAGCCGGGCAGCUCCUUCAAUGCCGUGCAGUUUAGGGAGCCCUGUAGCUGCUUCCAUUUUACAGUACGAUGCUUGCAUGGAAGUGACAGAUAGUGAUCACAAGCCUGUGCGGUGCAAAUUUAGUGUUGAGGUUUCCCGUGUUGAUAGAUCAGUAAGGAGACUAGAGUUUGGGAAGAUCUUCCAGUAUAAUGAUAAAAUCAGGUCUAUACUGGAAGAACUGUAUUAUAUACCUGAAGUAGCCGUCAGUACCAGCCAGAUAUUUCUUCAGAAUCAAGAAACAUUCAGCUUAAUAAUUACCAACAGAAGUACUAGACAGGAUAAUGUUUUUUUCCAAAUCACUUGCCAAUAUCAAUCAACUGUCGACAAGAACAAGCAAACAUCAGGCUGUCGUCCCAGAGAUUCCUUUUGCUUUCCCCGUUGGCUUAAGGUCACACCUGCGGCUGGCAUGAUCAAAUCUGGUGAAGAUGAAGAGAUCUUGGUACAUCAGGAAGAGUUCCGUAAUUCAGAAAAUAUUCCUGAAGUUAUGUCACCAAGAAAAUGGUCCGAGGAAACAAGAGAAGAAGAGGUGAUUUUAAUGAUCAAUGUGAAAUCUAGUGGCUCAACGAAGGUAAGAACGCAUCAUGUACACCUGAGCUGCCGUUUCUCAACCGAUGCAGUAUGCAUGUUAUCAAGAAACAGUUCCACCAGAAAUGAAGGGAGCUCCCAUCACAGGUCAAACAGUUCCAGAAGAAAUGAAGGGAGCACCUAUCAGAGGUCAAAUAGUUCCAUAAGAAAUGAAGGGAGCUCCCACCACAGGUCUGCUCUUCAACAGGAGAACGUGUCAAAUGGUUCCAGAAGAAAUGAAGGGAGCUCCCACCCCAGAUCUUCUCUUCAACAGGAGAGUACCUCUGACAUGAAUAAAUAUAAAUGACCAUCAAGGCUUUCUGGUACCUGGUAUCUGCAUGAAAGCCUAUAAACCUAAAGAAAACAAGGUUCUCCCCCCCCCCCC